AUGUCAUCGAGAGGUAGUCGUAACUUGUCUUCCCAAUCGUCGCUAGAAGUUGUCGAACCGAAUUCUGCAUCUGUAUCAUCCACCGUUACUUCCUCCAUAACUAAUGACAUCGCUCCUCUACCUAUCCGUCGCAUUCGUCAUGGUGGACAAUCUCAUCCACAAGAUCCUCCUUCGGAACCACAGAGCUCUGCACUAGUUGAGACGCCGCAAUCUGCGUUUCAUCCAACUGCCCCUAUGAGACUACUGCUUAAGCCAGAGCCUGUAUCGCCGACUCAUCUAGCAGAUCGAAAAUGCAAAUGA